UGGCGGGGCCCGGGGGCGGGCGGCAUGUUCCCUUCUGGAGGCAUAAAGUCCGCGUCGCCGUCAGCACCGGCGGUUACCGGCGCUGAGCUCAGGUGAAGGAACCCGGGCAGGAAACCUGCUCGCGGCUUCCAGCAAAAACCUCCCUUCGUCGUAUCUCUUUCUCUGCUUAACCCCUUAAAGGACUGCCUGUGAUAAAGGCAAAAUGGCUUUCAGUAAAGGAUACCGUGUCUAUCACAAGCUGGAUCCACCUCCAUUCAGUGUGAUAGUGGAAACCAGAAACAGAGAAGAAUGUCUCAUGUUUGAAUCUGGAGCUGUGGCUGUACUCUCAUCAGCAGAAAAAGAUGCAAUCAAGAGUACCUACUCCAAAGUAAUGGAUGCAUAUGGGCUCUUGGGUGUACUAAGACUAAACCUUGGAGACACAUUGUUACAUUAUCUGGUUCUGGUAACUGGAUGCAUGUCUGUGGGAAAGAUUCAAGAUUCUGAAGUUUUUCGAGUUACUUCUACUGAGUUCAUAUCAUUACGAACUGAUCCAGCAGAUGAAGAUCGUAUUUCAGAAGUGCGCAAAGUUUUGAACUCAGGAAACUUCUAUUUUGCAUGGUCUGCAACUGGUGUCAGUUUAGAUCUUAGUCUCAAUGCUCAUCGCAGCAUGCAAGAGCACACCACUGACAAUAGGUUUUUCUGGAACCAAUCACUGCAUUUACAUCUGAAGCACUAUGGCGUGAACUGUGAUGACUGGUUAUUACGUCUCAUGUGUGGAGGAGUGGAGAUAAGGACAAUUUAUGCAGCUCACAAGCAGGCAAAGGCUUGUCUUAUUUCACGACUAAGCUGUGAACGAGCUGGGACCAGGUUUAAUGUCCGGGGAACAAAUGAUGAUGGUCAUGUUGCAAAUUUUGUUGAAACAGAGCAGGUGAUAUUUUUAGAUGAUUCUGUGUCAUCUUUCAUACAGAUUCGAGGAUCUGUUCCGUUAUUUUGGGAACAGCCAGGCCUGCAGGUGGGAUCUCAUCGUGUCAGAAUGUCAAGAGGUUUUGAGGCGAAUGCACCGGCUUUUGACAGGCAUUUCAGAACACUUAAAAAUUUAUAUGGCAAGCAAAUUAUUGUAAAUUUACUUGGGGCAAAGGAAGGGGAGCACAUGCUAAGCAAAGCUUUCCAGAGCCACUUGAAAGCAUCUGAACAUUCAGCUGAUAUCAAAAUGGUGAAUUUUGACUAUCAUCAAAUGGUUAAAGGUGGAAAGGCAGAAAAAUUACACAGCGUGCUUAAACCGCAAGUCCAGAAAUUCCUAGAAUGUGGAUUUUUUUAUUUUGAUGGAAAGGAAGUUAAAAGAUCUCAAAGUGGUACUGUCAGAACAAAUUGCUUGGAUUGUCUGGAUAGAACAAACAGCGUGCAGGCUUUCUUUGGCUUAGAGAUGCUGACAAAGCAGUUGGAAGUAUUAGGAUUAGCUGAGAAGCCUCAGUUGGUUACUCGCUUUCAGGAAGUUUUCCGAUCCAUGUGGUCUGUUAAUGGUGAUUCUGUCAGUAAAAUAUAUGCUGGAACUGGAGCCCUUGAAGGAAAAGCGAAGGCUGGAAAGCUGAAGGAUGGUGCUCGUUCUGUGACCAGAACGAUUCAAAAUAACUUUUUUGAUAGCUCCAAGCAGGAGGCCAUUGAUGUUUUGUUAUUGGGAAAUACCCUAAAUAGUGAUUUAGCAGAUAAAGCACGGGCUCUGUUAACCACCAGCAGUUUACGCGCAUCUGUAAAAGUGCUAAAGAGUAUGUGUGAAAACUUCUAUAAGUAUGCAAAACCAAAAAAGAUUAGAGUCUGCGUUGGGACAUGGAACGUCAAUGGGGGGAAGCAGUUUCGAAGCAUUGCUUUUAAAAAUCAGACCCUCACUGACUGGCUUCUAGAUGCACCAAAGUUAGCUGGUAUUCACGAAUUCCAAGAUCGAAGAAGCAAGCCUGUGGACAUAUUUGCCAUUGGGUUUGAAGAAAUGGUAGAGUUAAAUGCAGGAAACAUUGUGAAUGCCAGCACAACCAAUCAGAAGCUUUGGGCUGUUGAACUGCAGAAGACCAUAUCAAGAGAUUACAAGUACGUGCUGCUGGCUUCUGAGCAGUUGGUGGGCGUCUGCCUUUUUGUGUUUAUCAGACCCCAGCACGCUCCUUUUAUCAGGGAUGUUGCUGUUGAUACUGUAAAGACUGGCAUGGGAGGAGCCACUGGCAACAAAGGUGCGGUAGCAAUUCGAAUGUUGUUUCAUACAUCCAGUCUUUGCUUUGUCUGCAGUCACUUUGCUGCAGGGCAAUCACAAGUUAAAGAAAGAAAUGAAGACUUCAUGGAAAUAGCUCGCAAGCUCAGUUUUCCAAUGGGAAGGAUGCUCUUUUCCCAUGACUAUAUUUUUUGGUGUGGCGAUUUUAAUUAUCGAAUAGAUAUUCCUAAUGAGGAGGUUAAGGACCUAAUACGACAACAGAACUGGGAUUCCCUUAUUGCUGGAGAUCAACUUAUCAACCAGAAAAAUUCUGGACAGAUUUUUAGGGGGUUUUUAGAGGGCAAAAUAAAUUUUGCUCCUACAUACAAAUACGACCUGUUUUCUGAUGACUAUGACACCAGUGAAAAAUGUCGCACACCAGCGUGGACAGAUCGUAUUCUUUGGAGAAGAAGAAAAUGGCCUUUUGACAGAUCAGCUGAAGACCUGGAUCUUCUGAAUGCUAGUUUUCAGAAUGACAGUAAUGUCCCUUAUACGUGGAAUCCUGGUACUUUGUUGCACUACGGACGAGCAGAGCUCAAAACGUCUGAUCAUAGGCCUGUGGUUGCAGUGAUUGACAUUGACAUAUUUGAAAUUGAAGCAGAAGAGAGACAUAGAGUUUAUAAAGAGGUGAUUGCAAUGCAAGGACCACCUGAUGGUACUGUAAUGGUCUCCAUCAGAAGUUCUUCACAAGAAGAAAACUAUUUUGAUGAUAAUUUGAUUGAUGAUCUUCUUCAAAAAUUUGCAAGCUAUGGUGAAGUUAUACUUAUAAGGUUUGUAGAAGACAAAAUGUGGGUAACCUUUUUGGAAGGAAGCUCUGCUUUAAAUGUUAUGAAUUUGAAUGGUACUGAGCUAUUAGGAAGAAUUGUAAGUAUAAGCUUGAAAAAUCCAGACUGGAUCAGGAGUUUGGAAGAUGAAAUGAAUCUAGAGAAGAUUAAUGUUGGACUGCCUUCUUCAACAAGCUCCACUUUGCUUUGUGAAGAUGCUGAUGUUACUGCAGACUAUGAUAUGGAAGGUGACAUUGAUGACUACAGUGCUGAAGUAGAAGAAAUCCUUCCUCAGCAUUUACAGCCAACUUCAAGCUCUGGUCUUGGAACCUCCCCAAGCUCUUCACCACGUUCCAGUCCCUGUCAAUCCCCUACGCUGUCAGAUGGACCUACCAUCCCAGUGAGACCGAGCCGAGCUCCAACAAAAACCCCGGGGCCACCUGUUUCCACACACACUGAAUUUCAGCUUGGUACUCAGCAGAAAGAAUCUUCUCAGAGCUUGGAGCCUAAGCGCCCUCCUCCACCUCGCCCUGUUGCUCCUCCCGCACGCCCAGCUCCGCCGCAGAGGCCACCUCCACCAUCAGGUCUUGGAGCUCCUCCCAGUCCUGGGGUAGCUAGGAGAGAAAUAGAAGCACAAAAAAGUCCUGGAAUGCAAAGAAAAGAUAAUUUAGUUCGUACUCAGCCUCCACCUUCAGCUGGAUUUUCAAGUGCAGGAACCACUGGAUAUAGCACAGCCAGACCGACAGUUCCACCUCGAGCUGGAGUUAUUAGCGCGCCACAAAGCCAUGUCCGUCCCUCUGGGGGAAGACCACCAUCUGAAACUCAGGCCAAACCUGUUGAACCACCAAGGGGCUCACCAUUACUUCCUGAACCACUAAAGCCUCAGGCUGUUGGACCUUCUCAACCUACCACUCAGCCACCGCCUGCCCUAAGAAUGCAAGAGCCUCUGAUCCCUGUGUCAUCACAUCCAUCUCAGACAAGUACUCCACAUAGUCUGGAACCUCCCCCACAACCACCACCUCGUAGCAGAUCAUCUCACAGUUUGCCUUCUGAAUCUGUUCCUUCACAGCAGCAAAUUAAAACAAAUGGAACCUAUGCCACUAAGCUUGAAACACAGUUAAACAGUGACCCCUUUGAAGAUUUGUCAUUUAAGCUGCUUGUGUCAAAGAUGCAGACAUCUGUUCGAACAUCACCUGUUCCAACUUUAAACCAAAAGGAGUUGAUACAAUUGCCUUCUGCAACACAAAGAAAUGCAGAUACUUUGCGUAAUGUAAAUUGCAUGCCAGCAAUGCCUCCUAUUCCAACCUUUAACAAAUCCCAGGAACAUACACGCAGCUCUCCAAAUCCAUUUGUUACUGAACUGAACUGCACAAAUCCGUUCACUGAAAGAAUUCUUAAUGCUGGAAACCCAUUUAGAACAGAAACUCAAGAAUCUGAAAUAACUUCACAUUUAUUAGAAGGGCACACUGCUUGCAAUCCUUUCCCCUCUCUAAAUCCCCACACUUGUAAUACAAGCAAGCCUGUAUUUUCUGUUGAUGCAUUUGAAAACAAGUUUUGCUUGCAAAGUAGAUCUUUUAUGGAAGAAAAUGUACAGCCAAAAGGAUGGGUAACAUUUGAUGAUGAUGAGAAUUUCAAUGCAAAGCUAAAGCCAUCUAAAAGUGUUCCAGAUUUUAAACAAAUCAGUUCCAGGAAGUCAGCUGGAUCUCCAGAUUUGCUGGGCACUGAACAAAAUACUUUUCUUGGCUCAGACUUUAACUUUGAUAAUGACUGGAAUAAAAGUUCUACUGAUUGCUUCUAUACAAUGCCAGCAAGAAGACCACCCGCACUUCCUACACCAUCAAGAAUAACCAGCAACAGAUCCCCUGCAGAUCCUUUCACUUCGGUACCUAAGGUGUCACCAAUGCAAGAUUUUACAGAAAGAUAGAUGUUCAAAAAUAUGAGGUUAUAUUUGUUGCUACGUUUAUCCAGUAGAAUAAUUGGGCAUUUGAGAUUAUUCUGUGUGCAAUAACUGAUUGUCAAAUGCACUGAAACUUAACUCUACUCAUAAACAGCCGCUAUUGUUUGUGUAAAAAUUUUGAAUAUGUAUAUAUGGUAGAGCACAAAAAGAUUGUCUGAGAUUUAUUGAAAUCUAAAUGUAAUAGUAUUUGAAUGGAUAGGAAAAAAAAAGGAAAAACUACUAAUCUCAAUAAAAUAUACCGAUCUUGGAAAUAGUUUUUGCUUAGGGAGCUCUUUCACUUCUGUUCCCCUCUCGAGGAAUUUAAAAAAUGAGGCUCCCUCCUGGUAGACUUCCCACUCCCUUUUUACUGUUUUGUUAAUUGAUAUUUAUAAGUAUUUACCAAAGAGCUGCCAAAGUCUGUUCAGAUUUGAAUGUUGACAAAUAUUGUUUAGAAGUUGUUUAAUUUAUAACAGAGGCUAUGGAGAUUUGUAAGGUUUAUAUUUGAAUUUGAGGCACAACAAAGAUAGUUUAGUUUCAAAAUACGACUGUGUAUUAAUAUAUUCAAUAUUUGACUUUAAUUUUGUGUCGAUACAUUUCAGCUUUUAAAUAUUGUGACACACAUUCACUAGCAUUAAUUCAGAAUAAUUCUUCCAUCUCAUUCAUUUAUUCAUUACUAUUUUAAAGAUUUUUUUACAUAAAUUGGAAACAACUGAUAAAAGUGUUCCUUUGACCUCUAGAAAAAAUUCUCCUUCUGCUUUGAUAUAAAAAGCAGGUUUUACCAGUUGCAAACAACAUACUACAGUUGGUUUGUCCUGCUCUAGUUUUGCAUGUUGAAAGGGCUUUCUUGUCUUGUAGAAAGACCUAGGUGAGGAAAUCAGCAGUCAUGUUACCACAUCAGAAGAUGGAGAAAGUCAUCUGGUGUAUCUGGGCUGUCUGCCCAGCAUCUACUAGGCUUGCUGCUGCAUCUUCAAAUCUUGCCUUCGAAGAAAACAGGAGAGCAGCAGUCCUCUGAGCUGAGCAGUAUCAUUCUGUCACUUCUGCAGCUGAGCUAAGUCAGUGACCCUUCGUUCCCCAGGGGCAGUGACAACUUACGCGUGGUGCUGCUUUGCAUCGAAGACCGAGUCACAUUUCUACAUCUUUUACUAUAUAGAAGCAACUGUUUCUGCUUUUAUGGUUUUGUGGAAUACACAUUAAAUUACACAAAUGUGAUAUUUUAUUUUCUCGAGGCAAUUUAACCGAUUUCCUUAGCUCUGUUUACAUAUGCUAAAAAAAACCCUGCAGUUCUCUUCACAAAUCACAGUAUCGUAGGACAUAACUUACUAAUGCUGUUCUGUACUUUCAGCAGAAGCUGAGUGCAUCACCAUGUGGCCAUCUCGCGGGGGACUGCAGAUGCACACACUCAUUGGCUUACUUGCAAAGAAACUGUACUGGUUCUACCAAAGUUGUGUCUGAAACACAACAUACACGCAUUAUAUUUAUAGUAGCAAAAUGCAUAAUGACAGUACUUUUUUAAAUUCUCAAAUGCUAAUCAAAACAUUAUUUAUAAAAUAAUCCCCUCUUCCUUCAACAGUAUAUGGUUAGCCACGAGCUGCAGUUGGAUAGGGAAGUAACUAUAGUGAGUUUUAUAUUGUGCUUUUUUCUGUUCCAGUCAUUAAGUAGUACUUGGACGUUUUAAACAGCAGUGGUACUAUAAUCUUUGUGCUUCAGUAUGUGAAUUACCUUGUUUUAAACUGUUGCUAUUAACAUCUGUGUGAUUGGUGUUUUGGUAUAUUCUUACAUUAGCAAAACAAUUUUAUUUUGGGAGCUUUUGCUAGUGAGAGUCAGGUGAUAAAUAUGUUCUUCAUCGAUUAUUUGAUUACAGUGAUUAAAAACUACUGUCUAAAAUGAACCCGGUAUACAGCACCUCUACACUUUACGGGAUUAUGGAGCUUGACAGUAAAGUACUGCAAAGGUAACAAAAAAUACUCCAAAAAUAUAGCGUGUGUAUAUAUAUAUAUAGAUAACCACUGUAACGUGUAUUAACGAAAAUAAUUACUGGCAGAAGCUCUGAAAAAUACUAAGAAGUACAAUUAGAAAUGCUCAGCACAUGUUCAUGAAUUCUGUGUUCCCUGUGGUAAAUUGCUCUGUUAAAUGUAACAAAUCUGUAGCUUGUGGCACACGGUAUUUAUGACUGUAUACUGUACAGAACUGCAGUAUUGAAAAUCACGGCAUAAAACGUUCCUUAUAUGUACGCCCUGCGGACGGCGGUGUUGUAGUAAUGAAAUAAAUAUACCUGCCCUUCGGA